AUGGAGAGACUGAGGAAGGUGCUGUGGCAGAGGGACUUGGCUAUGGCGCACCGCAGGGAGCUGGCCGGUAAGAGCAAAUUGGUUAGAGAUCUUGCCGAGUCGUGGGAGCAUGAGCGCGAGGAAGCCUAUCUAGUGUCCAGGUGCCAGACCAACUUUCUCUUCGACUGGGGCGGACUGGGCAAGCUGGGCCGUCUCAUCCAGCUUCUCUACUGUGGUCGUCUCUUUGACAGCCUUCAAGAGCGCGAACUCUACCUCCGGCUAGAUCCCACAAACGGUGUCACUGACGAGGAUCUUCGCUACAUCUCAUUGCUUUCUCUUCGCGUCUUACAAUCUUCCCAGCUGGAGGAAUUCGAAGCAUCCCCAGCCAUUCCAAUCCUAGACCGGAUCAUGGGCUCGGCCUACUUCCACUACGAGCAGCCCUCCCGAUGCAGCCAGACGGUGCGCUGCAUCACGCGGCUCUACAGGAAGAAGAAGGACCGAGUUCUCCUGCGACUGCUGCGAGAUGUGCUCCACGAGUACAAGGUAAGUGGCUACGUCUUCCGGUGGAAGGGGCUCCCCGAGUACUGCCAUGCGUACCCGCCGCCAACCGGUACGUGCAUCGACGACGUGCACGCCCUCUCCCAGUUGAUCCAGGCGAUCAACACUAGCCCUUUUACCAGCUUGCUCUUGACUGCAAGGCCACCAGAGUCCAUCAGUCCCCACGACCAUGCUUUGAUAACAUGCAUGUACCACGGUUACUGCUGGAUGAUCAACACCCGGCUGCCGGUGUACAAGGCCCUCCCUGACUUGUCAUACUCGGCCCUACGUUCUGGGCCGGAAGACCAGAUUCUUGUUGCAGCAGCGGAAAACAUGUAUAUGAUGGAGCGAAUACCCAAUUAUGUUGAGGUCUGUAAGCGAAUGGAGCUCCUGCAGGCGAAGCUGGACUUACUUCAGAAUCAUCAAAAACAGCCGUCUUCAUCAAGUUCUUCUCCUGCUACAACCAUUUGGAAAGAAGUUGAUAACAUUAGGGUUUUGGGAAUGUCAUAUUUCUUGUGGUUUUUGGUGGUGCUUUUGGCGAGCGCAAGCGACGCUGCUGAGAAUGUAGAGUUGUCCCAGGACUGGAUCAAGGGCGUUCGCCGGAGGAUUCACGAGAAUCCGGAGCUAGGGUUUGAUCUGGUCGAGACGAGCGCGCUGGUGAGGUCGGAGCUCAAUGCCAUGGGCGUCGCCUACCGCUGGCCCGUCGCGAGCAGCGGCGUCGUCGCUUCCGUGGGGAGUGGCGAUCGGCCAUUUGUAGCUCUUCGCGCGGACAUGGAUGCGCUGCCUAUCCAGGAAGCGAUGGAAUGGGAGCACAAGAGCAGAGUUCCUGGAAGAAUGCACGCCUGUGGACACGAUGCGCACGUAGCGAUGCUCUUAGGUGCUGCAAAGCUUCUUACACUACAUCAAGAACAGCUCCAGGGGACAGUGCUGCUGAUAUUCCAACCAGCUGAAGAAGGUGGUGGUGGUGGAAAAAUGAUGGUCGAAGAAGGAGCUCUUGGUGAUGCCGAGGCCAUUUUCGGGAUCCAUGUCUCGACCGAGUACGCGACUUCCACAAUUGCUGCGAAGCCAGGCGUUUUGAAAGCAGCUGCUGGAUCUUUCGAGGCAGUGAUAUCGGGAAAGUCUGGUCAUGCUGCCGAUCCCCACCUCGCUGUGGACCCGAUCUUGGCAGCGUCCGCGACAGUCAUGAGCUUGCAGCAGCUGGUCUCUCGAGAAUUUCAUCCUUUAGACUCACAGGUUGUCUCUGUGACAAAGUUCCACUCUGGUAGCAGUUUUAACGUCAUACCCGAUCACGUCGUAAUCGGUGGGACUUUACGAGCAUUCACCGACGAAAACUUCAUGAAGCUUAAGCAAAGGAUCGAACAGGUUAUCAUUGCACAAGCCGAAGUUUACAGAUGCUCGGCCCAAGUCAGUUUUAUGGAACCAUCCUAUCCCGCGACCGUGAUCGAUGAAGAAGCCUACCAGCUUGUCCGGGACGUUGCGUCCGACAUGUUGGGGGGAAGUAACGUAUUCGUGGCAGAGGCUUCCAUGAAAGGAGAAGACUUUGCCUUCUAUCUCCAACAAGUUCCUGGUGCUUACAUCUACUUGGGAAUCCGGAACGAGACACUGGGCUCCGUGCAUCCAAAUCACACUCCUCACUUCACUGUGGACGAGGAGUCUUUGCCGUUAGGUGCGGCUUUGCUCACAGCAGUAGCAAAGGAGUUUCUUCGACGAAAAUCCAGCGAAGCCAAGCCAAGGAUGACGCCAUCUUGGCUCUUUCAGUAUCAUUAAGCCGGCGGCUGGUCCCGAUCAGAUCUACAAGCUGUCGACGUGGACUGGAGUAGAGGGUGGGAUUUCAAUCCUGUAGCUGUUUCAUGUCCGCUCAAGUAUUUUGAGCCUUUCAGCUCCAAAACAGUGCCCCUGCGAGAUCGUCAAAGCCUGCUGCCGCUCCAUUUUGGACUUGCGCUGCUCGAAGAGAGAAAAUCGUCUCCCUCAGCACACUGUCAUCAUGGACAAGGAAGACAAUCCUCAUAAUUUCAUGAGAAUCAUGCCUCGGGGGGAAGUAUGACGUGCCAUGGGCUUGCCAUGCACGGGCUGGACGGACGGCCCUGAUGUGAUCCCCGGGAUCGUGCGAGGGGCCAUAAUGUUUGGGGAGGAGUUAGCAACCGAGGCUACCAGAAAAGAGACGGUCUCUCGCUCUCUUUCUCUCUCUCUCUCUCUCGCUCGCUCGCUCGCUGCCGUGUUGGGCCCGUCCAAUUCUACUCUCGACAAUGGCCGGCUCUAUCAAAUCUUUGCUCCUUUCGCUGCUGCUGCUCGUCUUUGCUCAAAUGUCCUCGUUGGGCGCAAGGGUGAUGAUACAGGAGGAAACCACGUCUGCCAUGAUCACAGGCUUUGCGAGAGAUUUGAAUCGCCAGCAGCAGCAAGAAUGGAUGGGAUGGGACGAUUGGGAGGAGACGGAGCUGGAGAUUGACGGCGCUGGAGAGGAUUUCCCUCAAGAACGUCCUCAUUCCUUCUACCACGCCCAUCGAGACAGCGUCAACAGGUUCUGAAAAGCCGGAGAAGAGAGAAAAGGUUUUAGUAAGUUCGCAGUCUCUACAAUCUCUGGCGCCAUAGCUUUUCCCGGUGGUGAUCCGUUAGACUGGAGCUCUUUUUUCUUCUCUGACCCCAAGUUGGUAGCUUGCACAGAAAAAAUGCUGCUCUCUGUGCUCCCUGCCGCCCCCUGUAAAGAUCAAAACACCGAGAAAAGAAAAGA